AUGUCUUUACCACCCGUAUCGUAUUCACCGCUCUCCUCAUCAUACCCAGGGAACCCCAAAAACUCCAACUCGUACCUUGACACCGAAACUCCGCCCCCUCCGCCGCCGAAACCUAGCAGUCAUGAAACGAGUCGAAUAAACACACCUCAGACAGGCUCUCCUCUACCCCUCCCUCCUCUGCCGUCCGGCUCUAUACCUCAAGAAUCCAAUUUAUCUAUUACGAAUGCGCAAGGCCAAACAAGUCCGCAGGGAGAUCCACCGUUGACUUGCCCUGCCGAUUCCUUACCAGACGACGCAUUCUCGCCGACCACCCUUCCGCAACCCCCAGACAUAGAUGACGGCUGGAUCCCAGAGAGUUUGAAAGACAAAUCAACGACAGACCUCCACGCCAUCCUCGAAAACUCCACCCUCCUCCAAGCCCUCUCAACCACCCACGUCUCCUACCCAGCCACCCAAGCUCACCUCACCACCGUCCUAGCUUCCAACAAACAGCUAGCAAACCACCUCCUCUCCCUCGAAAGCCACUUGCACUCCCUGCGCGACUCCACAGAAUCUCUCCUCCUCCAGCACCAAUCUCUUGAACUCUCGUGGCGCAAGAAGCAGAGCGAGAUGGACACCGCGCUGGAGCCUUGGUCUCCCAAAGCCCUGUACCAGCGGCUUGUGGCGGGUAUUACGGAGCAGGAGGCAGUGUGUCGUGCGGUUGAGGAGAGCUUUUUAGAGAGUGAGGGUGAUAGCGAGGGGAAGGCGAGUGAGAGGGAAGUUAUGGAGUGGGUUCGGAAGGUGAGGGGGGAAGGGGCUAAGUUGGAAAGUAGGAGGGAGAUGAGGGCACGGUGGGACGAGGGGAGGGUGGGAGGGUGGAGGUAA